GUGUUGUUCUUCUCUUGAACCUUGCUCUGGUGUGUCAGUAACUCAUGAGUCAGUGAGAGCAGGAGGACAGACAGGAAGCUGGCGUGUGUUAAAGCGGUUCUGAAGCUCGUGUGGAGUCAGAGAGAUGCUCUCCUCACGCUUGCGUCCUGCGGUGUUCCCCGGCCGCUCUCUGAGUGUGUGUGAGGAUGCAGCGCUGCGGAGCGGGAGCGCGGGCCGAGUGCGGAGCUUCCAGGAGAUCCCUCACACGGGCAGCAACGGCUGGAUCAACCUGAUGCACUUCUGGAAGGACGGGAAGUUCAGCCGGCUUCACCAACACAUGGAGAACACCUUCAGACGCCUCGGACCCAUCUACAGAGAGUUCCUGGGCUCUCAGAGCAGCGUGAACAUCAUGAUGCCGGUGGACAUCGGGGAGCUGUUCCGAUCCGAGGGCCUUCAUCCUCGCCGCAUGACGCUGCAGCCCUGGGCCACUCACAGAGAGACACGCAGACACUGCAAGGGCAUCUUCCUCAAGAACGGGACGGAGUGGCGCUCCGACAGGCUGCAGUUGAACAAGGAGAUGAUGGUCACGUCAGCCGUGAAACGCUUCCUUCCGCUGCUGGAUAACGUCGCGCAGGAUUUCAGCCGUUUGCUGCGUCACCGGGUGGAGGCCGAGGUGGGAGAGAAGGGUCAGCGCAGGAUGACCCUUGACCCCAGCCCUGACCUCUUCCGCUUUGCUCUGGAAGCGAGCUGCCACGUUCUGUACGGCGAGCGCAUCGGUCUGUUCUCAUCGGCUCCAUCCAAAGAGUCGGAGCGCUUCAUCGAGGCUGUGGAGCGCAUGUUAGCCACGACACCACCUCUGCUGUACCUCCCCCGACAACUGCUGCUCCGCCUCCCCCUCUGGACACAACACGCUACUGCAUGGGACCACAUCUUCAGCCACGCAGAGACACGUAUCCAGCGCGGGUAUCAGCGUCUGCAGACGGCAGGGGGCGGAGCUUCUGAUGGGCAGUUCUCAGGUGUGCUGAGUCAGCUGAUGGAGGCGGGGCAGUUAUCUUUAGAACUGAUCAAAGCCAACAUCACUGAGCUGAUGGCCGGAGCAGUAGAUACGACGGUCGUGCCGCUGCAGUUCGCUCUCUUCGAGCUGGCGAGGAACCCCGGGGUGCAGGAGCAGGUGCGAGCGCAGGUUCUGUCUUCAUGGGAGCGGGCCUCAGGAGACCCCCAGAAGGCCCUGCAGGGGGCGCCGCUGCUGAAGGGAACCGUCAAAGAGACGCUCAGGCUGUAUCCGGUGGGAAUCACCGUCCAGCGCUAUCCGGUCAGAGACAUCGUCCUGCAGAACUAUCACGUUCCGGCCGGGACGCUGGUGCAGGCGUGUCUGUAUCCUCUGGGCCGAAGCGAGGAGGUGUUCAGGUGUCCGGAGCGCUUCGAGCCGAGCCGCUGGGGAUCAGACAGCUCCACACAAGAAGGCUUCCGCUCGCUGGCCUUCGGCUUCUGCUCCAGACAGUGUCUCGGCCGCAGGAUAGCAGAGAACGAGAUGCAGCUGUUCUUACUACACAUCCUGAGGAACUUCAGACUGACGGUUUCCUCCACAGAAGAUCUGAGCACCAGAUACACCAUCAUCCUUCAGCCCCAGUCUCCUCCCAGCAUCACCUUCAGCACACACUCCACAUAAACCAUCACCAUUAAGAGGAUUUAUGAAAAUCAUAGAUAUAUCUGUUUAAGACAAGACACUGCGCUACAUUAAUUGAUUUCACUAAGAAAAAAAAUGAUACAAAAUAAAUAUAUAUAUUAGGAGUCAGAUUUUGUAUAAAUGGGUGAUUCUUGCAGAACUCGUCAUAUUUGAACAACCUUCUAUAGUGAUGAACUGAAAAGAUCUUUAUGUUCUCAUUAGUUGAAAUAGUUUGAACAGGAAGAGAGAGAGAGAUGAUUCUGCUCAGAAGAGAACGGUGUCACGUCCGUCAAUCCCUUCAUCUGAUCCAUCACACGCCGUUCUGUCAGUAUCUGUGGAUUUUAAAGAUCCUGUAGCUGUACUAGAUCUAGAGGAGAUCCACACACACACACACACACACACACUCUCUCUCUCUCACACUC